AUGGAUCCAUUAAAAAUUCUAAACUCUGGAAUUAAAUCAGUUGUCAAGCCUAAUAAACUUGCAUACCUUCCACCUAGUGCUUUAGCAAUUAGGGGACGAGGGAAAAGCUUACAAUCUUUGGGAUCUGUAAGAGUUAGGGCUGAAGAAAGAACUCCAAUAAGCAAAAGUCUAAACAUCAAUCCAUCAACAUCUUAUCGAAAUGAUCCAAUACAGAAUAUUGAUCAAGUACCUCCUAGUUUCGAUCUAGCUGAAGAUAAUGUUCCCUGCUCUCCAGAUCUCGAACUAAUGCAAGAUGCUCAAACAAAUGAAAUAAGUGCAUGUGAGUCUGAAAAUGCAAAAAAAGUUAGAGGACCAAACAUUUGUAAAAAUGUUACACGACUCAAACCUGGAGAAAAGUUAAGUAUCAAUUUUUACCAAAAUCGAGUUGUUGGAAAAAAUUAUGCCUCAUUUGUGAGACACUUGGGUAUUUUAAUUCGUUAUCGUAAUAUGUGCCCAUUACGGGUGCACUCAUGGACAGACAUUAAAGAAGAUCAACUAGAGCACAUGUGGGAUGCUGUAACUUUAAGUAUUUGUGGAGUUUUAUUAGCUUUAUAUCUGACUUCUCAUACCGAAAAAGUAAGAUCAAUGCGCUAUAAUUAUGCAAAACAUGUGGAACUAUUAAGAUAAGUAUUUAGAGAGCUAUUAGCUAAUUGAGUUUAUGUUUAAUGGUACCUGUGAAAUAUUGUAGGAUAAAUUUAGCUGUGAAUACAUGAAUGCCAUGAAAGAACAUGUCCUUCAACACAUGAUAAGGUUGUGGAAUAACUGGAGAGGAUCACUUCACAAGAUUAUGAAGUCUAAGCCAUUUGGUGAUGCUCUAAGAGAUGUGCCAAGAGGGGUAGACACGAGUGAAUGGGAAUGGCUGGUUAAUGAGCAUUUCUUAAGUCACAAGUUUAUGGAAACAAGUAAAAGAGACAUUGUCAACAGGUUCAAGUUGAGUAUGCCUCAUUGUACGGGGAGUAAGCUUAUUAGAAAAAUUAUUUACGAAUUGGGAGGUAAAGAUGGUAAACCACCAAAAAUGGAUACGAUCUUCUUCGAGACUCAUAAGAAGGAUAACAAGCUUGUCAAACCUGAAACUAAUGCAAAAUAUGCUGAAAUCCAAAAAUUGGUUCAAUCUGAUUCUUCUCUUACAUAUAUUGAGGUUGUAGAAAAUUGUUUUGGACCUCAAUGUAAGAGUCAUGUAAAUGUAUUUGGUGGAGGGAUUACGGCUAAAGAGUUGAAAGGUGGGAACUCUUCAAAGGCUGCAUUAUUAGAUAGAUUGAAUGCACGUGAAAAAGAAAAUGAAUCACUAAAACGACGCAUGGAUGAGUUAGAGAACAAAUGUGAACGCAUGGAUGAGAUGGAGAGUAAAUAUUAACAGCUUGCGGGAGUACUACUUGGUCAACCUUCAACACCUGCAUCUUCAAGUGAUUAAUAGAUAGUACCAUUAAACAGGUUAGUAAAUCGAUUUUUCUUUCUCUUUGUGAUGUACUCAAGAUACAGGGAAGGACUUCGAAUGCUCAAUUUUUCCCUUAGCUUCUUGUUAUAACCUGCUUUCUAUUUACCAUGUACAAUUGAUUCCUGGGUGGGCCUUGAACACUCUCUUUCGCAGUAGAUAUGAGACCAAUAAUGCUAGGUGGGCCUCGAACACUCUCUUUUGCAGUGGCAUUUGAAUGUCUACUCUUUUUUUCAGAAAAUCUCAUAUUUCUCAUCCACAGACAGUGUACAAAUUCUGUGUGGACCAUUUUGAAAACUUGAGCUGCUUGUGUCUUUCCCUUCACACGCAUUGUAUCUUCGGUAUGAUGUUGGUCCCAUGGUAGGGAUUGAAUGAGCUUGGCGUGGAUCAUUGUCUUUGCACACUGACCCUUCCUGUCUUAAUUCUCAAUGCUGGCAUGCCUAUUUUAUCCAUGUUUAUUAUUCUCUUACAGUCAAUUGUUGGUUCAUUAAAAUUAUUCCACUGAAUCCCUUCCCGCUGCAUGAAUGCUUCAUGUGCCAUUGUGUCUUCUAGUUGAUGUAUUUCUCUGUAUCUAUGUACUAUAAUUCAUGUGUUGUUCCUUGAAGUAUAUGUAUCUCCCUAUUUUUUGUGUAUUCCCAUAGUAUUUUUCAAUCCUUAUUGAUCAUCCUUGUUAGGCCUAAUGAAUUUGAUUCCACCAACUCUUCAUAUUGGCAACUCAAGAAUGUUUUCAUGUACUGCUUCAUUUAUAUUAGAGAUUUUACUGUAGCAAGCAGAAAAUUUAUUAUGCCUCCAUCUUAGAAAAAAACUAAGUUGGUGCCUUUGGAAGUUCUCUCUAUUUUGGUCUGAUGGUUUUCAUAACUUUUCUUGUGUGAUUUCUUUAUUGAAUUGGUAGUCUGUUUCUCAAAUUUUGGUCUGAUGGUCUGUUUUGUUGUCAUUACAAAACCAUUGUUGAUCAUUGCAGAAAAUUGUUAAAUAUUUAAUAGAUGUAGGGAAGAGACUACAAGUUAUUGUUGACAUGCCUUCUUUUUUUUAAAACAUUAUACAAGUCAUAUGUUGUUAGUUGGAAUACACUUGUCUUGAUUUUGAAACUGCCCAUGUGCAUUAUUAGUUCCCAUGUCCAUGUACCAUUUCAUUUCAUAUCAUCUACUAAGUAUUUAGCUAUUACAUAUUCUUAUUGAGAGAUUCCUUACCUCAUUGUUUGAGGAGUUAUAUUUCUUCAUUUGGUAUACACAUAUGUUUCCAUAUGAAAUGUUUAAA